GACUUUGGGAUCCCUAGUAUCAACCUUGUUUUUAGUUGUGAGUUGUGUAUUAAAUUAAUAAUUAAAGGAGAUUUUUUCGAAUCUUUAAUUUUGCAUUGUUAUAGAUGUGGCUCGAUGUUUCUUCAUGGUGAAAAUAAAAGGGAACAAUAGGUUCUGGCAAUUUCCUACGCAAUAUGAAGAAAGGUUUUUCCACGCACUUGGAGGAGCAAAUUAAAAUGUUUUUUUAUUUUUCACUUGGUAAUACUUUUAUAUCUAAACAUGACGGAAGCCCGGAUGUUUCAUUUCUCAUUUUUAUUUUGUUGUACGUAUAUUAAGUCGAACCCAAACACUGUAUACAACUAAAGGGGUCAUCAUGAAAUUCAGGGCUGUUAUGGAAGAUGCCGAAUACAUGCGGGAAUUUCUCAAUAUUAUUGUAACACUCUCCAAAUUGACCAAAGAAUGUGUCAUCAACAUAGAGAAGGAUAAGGUCCAUUUCAUAGCCAACGAAGAGUCUGGCACCACAGCGCCUUUGGUAUGGGUUGACAUAGAUGCAAAAUUGUAUUUUCCCGAAUAUCAUUUGGAGUUGCCGGACAAACAUCAUUCACAAAUAAUGCUUUCUGUCUCACCAGCCAACCUUAGUCGUGCGUUUUCUUCGUUGCGCUCCAAUGCACGCCAUUGUAAAUUGAAACUGCUGAACUUGCAGUUCCCCUGCCUGCGUGUCGAAGUGGAUGUCUUAACACAAAAUUCAAAUCAAAUUCGUAACACUUCACACGAUGUACCGGUUACCGUAAUACCUCGCAGUGACUGGGAUUUCUAUGAAUUGCCCCAGAAACCAAAUUGCAAGUUGGUGUUAAAUGUUCCCUCGAAUCGUUUGAUGCGUGGCCUCAUUGAUAAAAUAAAAAAUCUCUCGCCAACAGUUAUAUUUUACGCCACUUCUGGCGGUGAAAUGAAUCUGGUGGCCGAAACUGAACUGGCCACCAUUACUACUAGGUACAAAAACUUGGAUAUAAAGGAGUUGAAUCCCUCGGAGGACGAAAGGCAUAAGCAACAAAUUGAGGCAUCGUGUUCGGUGGAUUGCAAAAAAACCUCUAUAUUUUUCUCUGCACUUCAGGUACCUACAGGUGAACUGGCCUGUGGCAUAGAUGAUGAUCGUCUAAUACACUUAGAAGUCAAUAUAAGACAUGGAAUUGCUAUUCAUUCCAUUUUGCCAGCUGUUUGUAUGUGAAAUGGGGAAUCAUGGUCUUGAAAAACGCAGCCUACAAAGUAUAUUUAGUUAUUUUUGUAAAAAUUUCGUUUGAUUAAACUUUGUUAAAUACAAAUAAAUAAAAAAAAGGAAUAAUGAUAUUGACAA